AGAUUAUCCUAGUAGAGCCAGAGGUGCCAAGAACUAAAGAUAAGGAGGGGACUGGAGUUGUAGGCGCUAACCAGCAAGCUAGAACAUCCAUGGAGCUGAUUAUAAGAUCUGAAUUGAAGGGCAAAAACCAGCAAGCUGAGAGACCUAACUCGCUCAAGGGGAAGACUAAGCAGGAUAACCAAAUCAUCCUAUUUGAUCCGACUAGGGAGGGCAAACGAGAUAAAACCUCGAGGAAAUACAAGAUUGGGCUCAAAUCCUUUAAGAAGGUGGCUGUGUCGAAGAAACAGAAAGCACUCAACUCAUGCGGCUUGCAUGACAUUCUCCAUCAAUCUAUUAACGAGGAAGCACUACUUGAAACACCAAUUCAGAUGGUGGCUGGGAUGAGCGAAUGGGCUUUGGUGGCUAGCCCUAAUAAGCCUCCAGGGGAUAUAUGAAGCUUUUGAGCUGGAACUGCCAAGGGUUGGGUACACCCUUGACAGUCCAGCAUCUCAGAGCCUUAGUGGCUCAAGAUAGACCCAACUUAGUGUUCCUAAUGGAAACUAAGAAUAAAAAAACAGUAGUAGACAGAGUCAGGAGGGAACUUCAAUUUCAACAUGCGGUGAUAGUUGAUCAUAUAGGGAUAGCGGGGGGUUUGGCUGUUUUGUGGAACGAAGGUGUGGAAGUGGUAGUUGAAGAUAGCUCAAAGGAGUUCAUUGAUGUAUCCUGUAGGGACCAAGACAGUGGGAACAUGAUGCGUAUCACCUUUUUACAUGCCCCCACAAUCUUUCAAGAAAGACUUCAGCUAUGGCAGCAAAUACAGGCGAUAAGCUCAGCAAAUCACCUCCCAUGGAUUUGUAUUGGAGACUUUAACGAAAUUUUAUACCGCUGGGAAAAGGUAGGCAUUAGAGAGGCGGACCAUCACAGGCUAGUGGCUUUCCGCGACUUUCUGAAUAGGUGCUCAUUAAUGGACAUUGAAAGCAAGGGGUGUGCAUUUACUUGGGCGAACAACAGGGAUAGGGAAGCUCUUGUUAAGAAGAGAUUAGACAGGGCUCUAUGCAACAUUGACUGGAGAGUGUUGUUCCCCAACGCGGAGGCUUAUGCCUUACCAGCAAUAGGUUCCGAUCACAACCCAAUUCUCCUUACACUUUCCCCAACAUUCAUCAAGAGGAAAAAGGAAUUCAAAUUUGAGGCAUUCUAGUUGGAAGAGCCCCAAUGUAAGGAGUUAGUGCAGAAGAUAUGGAAUCAGGAAGACAUGCCUGAAGAUUUCGCGAGCAAGCUGAAAAAGAUCAUAGAAGCAUUGAUUGGGUAGAGUAAAAAGAGAUUCUCCAAUGCCCGUUCCCAAAUAGCGUCUUUCAAAAGAAGACUCAUGGACCUCACAAACACAGAUGUUAGGGAGUCAAGUAUAAAGGAAGUGCAAUGCAUCAAAGAGCAUAUUGAGAAUUUGUGGAGGCAAGAAGAACUAUACUGGGGGAUGAGGUCUCGAAUCAAUUGGCUCAAAUGGGGAGACAGGAACACAAAAUACUUCCAUGCCACUACGGUUCAGCGUAGACAAAGGAACAAGAUCUCAAUGCUGAAAGUGGAUGAUUAUUGGUGUCGAGAACCCGAUGCACUAAAGCAACACAUUGCAAGUUUUUACCAGUCUUUGUAUGAAUCAGUGGGCAAUAGGAACUUCCAGCCGAUUCUAGACCAGUGCCCUCCUCUUGCACAAGAAGGGAUGAACGAAGCUUUGGAAGCGCCAGUAACCUUAGAGGAGGUGAAGAAAGCGGUUUUUCAACUAGGCGCAACCAAAGCCCCAGGCCCCGAUGGGAUGAAUGGCCAAUUCUACCACCAUCACUGGGAGGACAUACAGCAUGACCUUCACCUGCUAGUCAGCAAUUUCUUCAUUUCAGGACAAGCAAUCAAUCUGAACAAAUCCGGGGUCUUCUUUAGUGCGGGCUGUCCACAAAGCCUGAAAAGUAACAUGGCGAGUGCACUAAGAGUACCAGUUAUGGAGAAAAUCGGAAAAUACUUGGGCAUUCCCUCGGAUUGGGGUCAAACUAAAAAACAGAUGUUUGCAUGGAUUUUGGCAAGGGUAAACAUGAAGAUGGAGGGCUGGAAAGAGAAAUUGUUAUCUAAGGCGGGAAAGGAAACUUUGAUUAAAACAGUAGUACAAGCGCUUCCUCAAUAUUCUAUGUCGAUAUUCAAGAUCCUUAUCUCAGUGUGCAAAGCCAUAGAGCAGCAGAUAGCAUCCUUUUGGUGGAAACAAAACUCAUCCAAGUCCGGAAUUCACUGGAAGAAUUGGGAAACUCUCAAAGCAAGGAAAGUAGAUGGAGGUUUGGGUUUCAAAGACCUUGUUACUUUUAACAAGGCGAUGUUGGGCAAGCAAGCAUGGAGACUCGCACAAUCUCCUUCUACCUUAUGGAGCUAGCUUUGAAAGGGAUUUACUUCCCAAGAGGCAACCUAUGGAAUGCAAAAAAGGGCUCCCGACCUUCUUGGGGGUGGCAAAGCUUGCUUAUAGGAAGAGACGCGAUGAGUUCUGAAUUAAAAUGGGUGGUCGGAAAUGGAGAAAGUAUUGAUAUAAGAGAGGGCAAAUGGCUAGAGUCCGGUGUUUUCGGGGUCCAGCCAAUCGAGAUGACCCCCAAAGAGUUGCAGAUUUAAUCGACCAAGGAUCGAAUAUGUGGAAGGAACACCAAUUGCAGGAGCUAUUUGAAGAGAACAUUGUGAAAGAAAUACUUGCCAUUCGGAUUAGGCCGAACUUAGAAGGGGAUCAACAAGUCUGGACAGGAAACACUACAGGGGAGUACUCGGUGAAGCAGGGAUACAAUAGACUACGCUCAACACUAUCAAAGUCAGACAUAGAACAAGCAUCCUUAUCAUACCAGCCACCUCGGUCCCUAUGGACUAAGAUAUGGAAGCUACAAACCGACCCUAAAAUUCGCAUUUUUUUGUGGAGCAUGUGCCAAAAUGCCCUACCCACGAAGGAGAACUUGUGCAAAAGGAAAGUAGUACCUGACCCGCUUUGUCCGAUUUGUCAGAAGACCCCCGAAACUACUGAACAUAUUUUCGCCCUCUGCGACUGGACCAAAGCAAUCUGGUCAGAUCGAAGACUAAAUGUGCAGGCAUCUCCGAUGAACAUAACAAGGAUAGACAAAUGGGUAGAUGAAGUGCUUAUAUCAAGAGCCGGUCCUUCUUCUCGAGAAUGGGUUGCCGGAAUUCUAUGGCUAAUUUGGAAAGAGCGAAACGCAUUUGUAUUCUAGAACAGACGACCCAACCCGGAAACCAUUGUUGAA